CAAGGUGAGGCGGGGGGUGCCGUGCUGGGGAGAAGCUGUGACUCAGGAACUUCGCCAUUGGCUGCCAGGCAAGCGCCCCGCCUGUCUGAUUGGCUAGGGGAAGCCCCGCCUCUGCCUGCGAUUGGCCGGGUACGUCGCAUAUAAAGGCAGCGCUGGCCAUGCUCUGUGCAGGGCUGUGGCGGGUCGGAGGAAGUGGCUUGUGUGCGGGCUGCGUCGACGGGACCCAUCGCCAUGCGGGAGCGGAGGAGCCCCCGGCCGGCUGUGGCCCGGUGCAAGCUGGUGCUGGUGGGGGACGUGCAGUGCGGGAAAACGGCCAUGCUGCAGGUGCUGGCGAAGGACUGCUACCCCGAGACCUACGUGCCCACGGUGUUUGAGAACUACACGGCCUCCCUGGAGAUGGAGGAGCAGUGUGUGGAGCUGAGCCUCUGGGACACUUCUGGGUCCCCAUACUACGACAAUGUGCGCCCCCUUUGCUACAGCGACUCGGACGCCGUCCUGCUCUGCUUUGAUGUGGGCCGUCCUGAGACCAUGGACAGUGCCCUGAAGAAGUGGAAGACUGAAAUCCUGGACUACUGCCCCAGCACCCGCGUGCUGCUGAUUGGCUGCAAGACAGAUCUGCGCACUGACCUGAGCACCCUCAUGGAGCUGUCCCACCAAAAGCAGGCGCCCAUCUCCUACGAGCAGGGCUGUGCUAUGGCCAAGCAGCUGGGAGCAGAGAACUACCUGGAGUGCUCAGCCUUCACGUCGGAGAAGAGCGUGCACAGCGUCUUCCGGACAGCAUCCACCGUCUGCCUGAGCAAGGCCAGCCCCCCGCCCCCCAAGAGCCCUGGGCGCAGCCUCUCCAAGAGACUCCUGCACCUGCCCAGCCGAUCCGAACUCAUCUCUUCCACCUUCAAGAAAGACAAGGCUAAAAGCUGCUCCAUCAUGUGAAGGGGCCAGGGCAGGGGCCGAUGGACCACAUCCUGACUCUGGCCUCCGGAUGGUCUUGAGCUGAUAGGCCGGGGGGUGAGGGACAGGCCAGGGGUGGCGGCGACACCUAAAGGCCUUUCUGUGGGCCGAGUUCCUGUCUGGCCUUGGCAGCCCCGGGAUCAGCCCUUCACCAUCCCAGUGCUUGCACGCAGACUCGGUGCACGUUCUCCGAGGUGACGAGGGACCUGGGGUGUCUCAGUGCAGAAGGACCUCAGCAAGCAUCUCCCUCCGGAGCCAGGAGGCCCUGUCAGCGGGACCCAUCCAUUUUGUUGAAUGCCCGCCCGGUGUCUGGCUGUGACACAUCCCCUCCAUCUGCUGCUUGUCUCCAGAGCUGGCUGCUUCCAACCUUGCCGUUACCUGCCUCCCAGCCUGGGGGUGACUGCACCUUCACCUGUCUGGGGGGGAAGGAGGCAACGGGCUUAGACUUCUUCUCUGGGGGGGGGGGGGGUGGCAAGUGCUGUUCAGUGUUCAGUAUUAUUAAAAAGCUUAUUUAUUAUAGAGAAUCUAAUG